CGCAAGCACGACGAACCGUGUGCAAAACUCGUGCAGCAUCAUGAACACCAAGGUGGUGGUUCUGUUCGCCCUGGUGGCGCUCGCCUUUGCCGAGGAUGCAAAGCCCGAGACCGACAAGAAGGUGGAGACCACGAAGAAGGACAAACGCGGCCUGUAUGGCUCGUUGGGCUAUGGCUACGGUAUCGGCGGUAUCGGUGGUUUGGGCUAUGGCUACGGUCUCGGUGGAUUGAACACGUACUCGUCGCUUCCGAUCGGCCUGAGCCAAGGUGUGAGCCACGGCAUCUCCACCGUCCUGACGAAGGAAGUUGCCGUACCCGUACCCCAACCGGUCCCCGUGCCCGUCGAGAAACACGUCCCAGUACCCGUUAAGGUGCCAUAUGCCGUGCCCGUAGACCGCCCAUACCCCGUCCAGGUGCCCAAACCCUACCCCGUUGAGGUGACAAAGCACGUCCCAGUCCCGGUAGACCGUCCCGUGCCCGUUCCUGUCAGCGUCCCGGUCAAGGUAGCAGUUCCCGCGCCGUACGCUGUCAAAGUACCGCAACCCUAUGCCGUUCCCGUCGUUAAGCACGUUCCCGUUCCCGUCACACAGCCAAUCGUCUACUCAAAGGUACACACCGCCGAUCUUGGAUACUACGGCGGUUACGGUAAUUAUGGAGGCUACAAUGGAGGUUAUAACGGCUAUAGCGGCUAUGGUGGCUAUAGUGGCUAUGGUGGUUAUGGUGGCUAUGGUGGCUAUGGAUACUCCUCCUCCUGGUAAAGCGAUUAAUUGGCAAAUCUUGAACGGCGCUCCUCGACAUCGUCAUCGUCGAGUGGAACAUUACACAAUCCAUCAGUCAACUAUCGACGAUCUCCCAAUCAGGAGAAAUCUUCUAAAACUUCGACGAUAGUGCUGCCAAAUGAGUGAAUGUCUCUCGUUUCGGAAUCUUUCAGUUCUCCGUUUUGUGUUCCUAAAUAUAGAUUCAAAAAAUUCGCGAGAAAAGAAUUUUGUUUUCAACGGAGGGCGUGCCUCCUCGGAAAGAGCGAUCGCCGGCUUACGAAAUUGAAACGAAAGGACGUUGAAACGCAUUCAAGUGAUAUUUCAUCAUCACUGUGUGACUAUUUAGAACCACGUAUUUUUUUUACUUGUAAUCUCACUAUAUUUGUUUAUAAUCGAAAUAAAUUUUUUCGUAUGAAAAUAA